UAAUACACAUAAACACACACACACACACACACACACACAGUAAACAGCCUUCGCCACAGUCUGCCUGCGCGCGCUCUUCGCUCCAGUCCUCUUUAAGCUGUGUUUUCUUUCCUCUCUGCUGCUGCUAAUGCUGCUAAUGCUGGUGUUCAGAGAGAGCUUACGAUACACAGUUUCCUCUGCUGAAGACACAAGAAGGGAGGACGAGAGGACGAGAGGAGGAGGAGAGAGGAGAGAGGGAGGAGAGGACAAGUUCAGGAGCAGCCUCUCAACUCUCUGUCGGCGCGGUCGUUCCUCAUCAGGAAGUGUCUCUCUGCUGUAGUUCAAGGACUACAAGGACUUUUAUUUUGGUGAAGAGGAGAAGAAGUGUACGUUACGUUCACGUGACAUAAUCCGAGUGAAUGGGUUGCCAUGGUGACUCACCCAGGGAGCCUGACCCGCGCGGAGUGAAUGGAGGGAGAGUCCUGGACGCCAAGUGAAGGAUAAACUAACCGAGAGGGGAGUCACCACAGAGAGAAACACACAGAUAGAGAGGGAGAGAGAGAGAGAGGAGAUUAAAGGAGUGGUGGACAACAGAGAGGACACAGAAUGGAGGACGGCUUCUCCAGCUACAGCAGCCUGUAUGACACCUCCUCACUGCUUCAGUUCUGCAACGAUGACAGUGCGUCAGCGGCCAGCAGUAUGGAGGUGACCGACCGCAUCGCCUCCCUGGAGCAGAGGGUCCAGAUGCAGGAGGACGAGAUUCAGCUGCUGAAGUCCGCUCUGGCCGACGUGGUCCGCAGGCUCAACCAGUCUGAGGAGCAGCAGGCCAUGGGGUCACGCAGAGGACCGACCAAAGCCAGGCCAAUGAUCGCCACCCUGCCAUUACGGCCCACAGUGAACAACGGGACCGUCCUACCAAAGAAAGGCAGUGGCACGCUGCCGUCCCCGUCUGGAUCUGGGUCCAGAAAGGACACCAGCAACACGGCCAACAGGAGCACCGUGAGGAGAGCCAACUCUAACGAACACGUGGGAACUCUUACGCGGAAAGAUUCGGGCGACUCCAAGGUCAACAGAACUCGCGCCGGAUCCACGGGGAGCAACUCCAGCGGCAAAAGAAGCGACAGCAGCAAACAGAGGGACCCAGUGUUUAAUGCAGGGAUGCGACGUGUGACCCACUGCAAAGAGGAAGGUUAUGUGAAAAUGUAUUUGAAGGGUCGUCCCGUCACCAUGUUCAUGCCCAAAGACCAAGUGGAAGGCUACUGCCUGGAGGCCAGAGCCGAGCUGCCCGGCAACAAACUCAAGCUGGACUGGGUCUAUGGUUACCGAGGUCGAGACUGUCGCUCCAACCUUUACCUGCUGCCCACGGGAGAAACUGUGUAUUUCAUCGCCUCGGUGGUCGUCCUGUUCAAUGUGGACGAGCAGCUGCAGAGACACUACACUGGACACACGGACGACAUCAAAUGCCUGGCCGUCCACCCUGACAAGAUCACCAUAGCAACCGGGCAAGUGGCGGGCACCUCUUCAGAUGGGAAACAUCUGGCUCCUCAUGUCCGUGUGUGGGACUCAGUCAGCCUCAACACCCUCCAUAUUCUGGGCUCGGGCUUCUUUGACCGAGGCCUGAUCUGCCUGUCUUUCUCCAAGUCGAAUGGAGGAAACACGCUGUGUGUGGUCGACGACUCCAACGAUCACGUGCUCUCUGUUUGGGACUGGCAGCGAGAGGACCGACAAGCCGAGGUCAAGUGUUCCAACGAGUCGGUGUUCGCUGCAGAGUUUCACCCGACGGACAGUAACGUCAUCGUCACCUGCGGGAAGUCACAUCUCUGUUUCUGGAGCCUGGACAAAGGCAGUCUGGUCAAAAAGCAGGGGCUGUUCGAGAAACAGGAGAAGCCCAAGUUUGUGCUGUGUGUGACCUUUGCGGAAAGUGGAGAUGCUAUAACUGGAGACUCCAGUGGGAACAUUGUGGUGUGGGGAAAAGGCACUAAUCGCAUCAGCCACGUCAUCCAAGGAGCUCAUGAGGGCAGCAUCUUUGCUCUGUGCAUGCUGAGGAACGGCACGCUGCUGUCCGGGGGGAAAGACCGCAGGCUUGUUUCCUGGGACAGCGCUUACCAACAGAUACAGACAGUGGAGGUACCCGAGUUGUUUGGUCCCAUCAGGACCAUCGCAGAGGGCCGAGGGGAGACGAUGCUCAUCGGAACCACCAAGAACUUUGUCUUGCAAGGAAACCUGGACGGAGAAUUCAUGCCCAUUACACAGGGUCACACUGACGAGCUGUGGGGUCUAGCAGUUCAUCCCUGCAAGCCUCAGUUCCUCACCUGCGGACACGACAGGCAGGUCAGCCUGUGGCACUCGAGCACCCAUCAGCACAUCUGGACUAAGAACUUGGAGGAUGCCGCCCAAUCAGCCGGCUUCCAUCCAACCGGAGCCGUGGUUGCCAUAGGAACCCAGACUGGCAGGUGGCUGGUGCUGGACACAGACUCCAAGGAUUUAGUGACGAUGCACACAGACGGGAACGAGCAGCUGUCUGCCAUGUGCUACAGCCCAGACGGUAACUUCCUGGCCAUCGGCUCCCACGACAACUACAUCUAUAUCUACGCGGUGACGGAAAACGGGAGGAAGUACAGUCGAGUGGGGAAGUGCUCGGGUCACUCGAGUUUCAUCACGCACCUGGACUGGUCGGUAGAUUCCCAGUAUCUGGUGUCAAAUUCAGGAGACUACGAGAUCCUGUACUGGAUCCCGUCAGUGUGCAAACAGGUAGUGAGCGUGGAAGCCACCAGAGAUAUCGAGUGGGCCACUUAUACCUGCACUCUGGGUUUCCAUGUGUUUGGCUUGUGGCCCGACGGCUCAGACGGCACCGACAUCAACGCUGCCUGUCGCUCCUGUGACAAGAGCCUCCUGGUGACUGGAGACGACUUUGGGAAGGUCCACCUGUUCUCGUACCCGUGUUCUCAGUUCAGGGCUCCGAGCCAUGUCUACAGUGGUCACAGCAGUCACGUGACCAACGUCACCUUCCUGCACGACGACAGCUACCUGGUGUCGACAGGAGGGAAGGACAUGAGCGUGAUGCAGUGGAGGAUAGUGUGAGCGAGGAGGACGCAGAGACACAUCAGCUGAAAUGAAAGUGAACUGCACUUAACUGAACCCAAACCAAACCAAACGUAGACUAACUCAGAUGAAGUGGGUCUGACUGAACUGAGAGAAGAGGAAGUCGUUGUCCUGAGGUGGAUCUUCCAGAUCUGCUCUCACAUCCCAAAUCAGACAAAGUGGUUUGUAGAGGUGUAAUAUUUCAUCUUUCUUUUUUCUUUGUUUACACUACAUGUAAAAAAACAAACAAAGAAGUUGUUUAUCUCUCAUGCACUGUAGCCCAAGAGUCGCCAACGACACGGAUCAAACUCCACGAAACAGAACCAAAGGCUGUGACUCCCUGACUUUCGUUAGUACAACCUAGCUUUCACUGUUGUUGCAGUAUGUCGUGCACUCCUCCUGCUGCGGAUAACAGACUAACCAAUUACUCUUCCAAGACGGAAUAUCAUCGAGCUGAAGAUCAAAGAGCAUCGGGGCAAAAACUGUGUGCGGGAAAGAGAGAACUUAGUUAAACUUUCUCUUAUUUUGUAUUUAGCAACUCAGGAAUGUGGCAGUGAAGCAGGAGCCUAACACUGACGCGUCGGACAAAACGGAAAAAAAACCUAGAUUUAACUCACAUUCGCUAAAUGUGUAUUAAAACCACCAAUUUGGUGGAUCUUGAUGCAUCCCAGCAACACUACAUGUCAUAUGUGAUGAUAACCAUUAUUUGAUUUAUUCUUUUCUAAGGGGGAAAUUAUUAAAAUGAUUAAAAAGCUACAUUCUGUGCAUCCAAAAUUAGGAUUUGAACAAUUUCCACAAAUAUUUGUGCUUCCUGGUCUUAAAAAAAGGACUCUUUGUCUGUUAUUUAUUAAUCACUGCCAAAUAGCAGUUUCCACCUGUUUCCACCAUUCCUCGACGUGCACACGUACAGAAAGAGCCUGAAGCAGAUGUUUGAAACUAUUUUUCAUCUAACUAUAACCCUGUUAACUAUCUUUUAACAGGGUUAUUUUUUUCAUUGACAUGAAGCCUUUUCAGAUCAGCUUAUGAAGUUAGAAAGAUGAGACCGUUACACUGUUAACUGUCCUCACCAUCGGUCACCGAGCAACAAGGUGCUCCAUUGGACUGAAGGCUCUUGAGGUGGCAAACAAACGCCAUUUUUCUUAAAAUACACGCACGCGGUGGACCACUGGGUCCCAUCUCUCGUCUCACAUUCCUUGUCUGAAAUACUCACACGCUGCAUGAAUCUUUUUUGUUACUUUCGAGUGAUGUGUAAAUUCGGGGUCGAGUAGAUUUCAGUGCGACUGCCGAUAUGAGCCACUGUGUUGUGUUGGACUCCAGAUGAGCGUCUGCAGAGUGAACGUAACGUGAUUUGUCUCGACGUUAAUCCCUCGCGGCUGCGGAGGGGGAAAUAAAAAAAGGAAAUCCCUGGACUCUUAACAUUUGACUGAAAGUAAACGCCACGUUAAAUUCUCAUCCACACUGUGUCUCAUAUCUUUAGUUUUGUUUUUUCUGUCACUUGUUAUUUUAAAUUGAAGUAAAAGUCCCUAACACGUGUCA